CGUUUUCAGUGAGGUUCUCUGAAUUUCAGUGGAAUUUGGAUAGCCUAAAAGAGGGGCAAGGACAAUACUUGAUCUCUUCGGCUAUCAGAAGUUCAGAACUGCAACAGGCAUGCCCAUUGCCCACACAUGUGGGCUCACCGUUGGAAGGACUUCGUUGGUCUGUCAUAUCUAUGUUGUAACAGCUUCUGUAGGAUAGCAUUAAGGCAGCAGUGUUUCACAGCUGAGAAAUCUGUGUCAGAUACACAAGCUCGCUUCUGCUGCGGAUUUGUUGCCAUUGGCAGUCAAUCAGUCACCGCCUCGUUUAUCCUUCUCUCCUGGCUUUUCCCCAAAAUCAGUUUACCAUGUCUGCAAUUGCAAUAUCCCAUGUCAUUUCAAGCCCAAACUCUUUGUGUGUUAGAAAAUUGAUGACAAGAACAAGACCCGGAAACGGUAUCCUGUUCAGCUCCAUAGCCAGCAUACCCACUUGGAGAAGCUACCAUUCUUUGAGACGACAGUCCCGCUUCUUCAGAAUCCCAUAUGGGUCCUCCAAGCGAAGCUCGGUUUUCACUGGCUCCAAGCCCUUUUCUCCUGUCAUGGAAUGGCAGGAUUGCACGGUUAAGAUGGAACUUGAUGUGCCUAUUUCAGUUGCCUAUAACUGUUACUCCGACCGUGAGGCCAUUCCCCGUUGGAUGCCAUUCAUUUCAUCUGUAAAGAUAUUGGAGGACAAGCCUGACAUAUCUCAAUGGUCACUGAAGUAUGAAGCAUUUGGUCGUGAUAUUGAAUUCUCUUGGCUUGCUCGAAAUAUGCAGCCUACCCCAAAUCAGAAAAUCCAUUGGAGAUCUCUGGAAGGUCUUCCUAACAGAGGUGCUGUUCGAUUUUAUCCAAAAGGUCCUUCAUCAUGCAUUGUAGAAGUAAGGCUGCCUUUCCUACAACAUUUUAUUUAUAAUUUGCACCAUUGUUUUUAUGGUCUUAUGAAUGUUCCUUGCCCCCUCUUCUUAACAAUUUUAAUUGGCCACAAUUUGAUGAACUUGUGGGCGAUAUACAGGCCAUCAAAUUGAUGCCGCAGUAAGGAGACAGUACCUUAAAUUUGAUAGUUGUAAGAAAAAUAUUCCUUCUUGACCAUUGUUUCCAUGUGCUAGAGGAAAUAGCAUAUGACGGAAUGUGAAUAAAAACUUAAUUAUUUACAUGCUUUCAAAAUAGCAGAAGUAGAAAAGUGUCCCUUCAAUUAUUUUCCACCUUUCUUGGUUCAAGGUUUACUUAUGUCCUUGCAAUUAUUUGUAUUUGUUCUUUCCAGCUGACAGUGUCAUAUGAAGUUCCUCAAAUUUUAGUUCCAGUGGCGUCGGUAAGCUUUCUGACUGUUUUUGGAUGUUAUGCAUCGCACCAAGCUGGAGCACCUCAAAUUACUUAGGGAACAACAAUAAAUUAUCGAAUGAAGAUCUAUCCGUUGUUUGGAAUGAUAAAGGAUAGGGAUCUGAGUAUGAAAUAUUUUUCAGGCCUAUGCCUCAAAGUUCCCUUUUUCUUUUUUUCUCCAUUAUUAAAGGAAAAAAGGAUUCCAUAUUUCAUAUUUUUCUUUACUUUAAAGAAGCACAGAUGUGAACCAUCAUUUUCUUUUUCUUAUAUUGAACUUGUUCAGGCCCUGCAACCUUUACUUGAAGGCUUACUACGAAGUGGUUUGGAACGAUUUGCAACGUUUGCAAAAAGCAACCAAGCAGACUUUAACUAGCUGAUAGUACGAAUGGCAGCUAAACCUUAUGUGUGAUAGUUGUCACUGAUUCUUUCGACAUGGAAUGUGUAUUUUUGCCACAUCCAAGUGUAAUGCAUAAAUUGUAAAGAAAUAACUGGUACCAUAUAAUUUAGACAUCAUACAUAUAUUAAAAAUUACUUUGUUUCUCUGGCA